UCGCGUAUCGCUUCACGCAGUAGUGUUGAGUAGUAUCAUCGACGAGCGAGGAGCGUGAUGUUGUUUUGGACGUGGUUGUCGCACGCAACGACGGGCAUGGCCAGCGUCGUGCCGCUUUGUUUGUUACUGGUCAUCGCAUUGGCGGACUCGGUUUACUCCACGCAGCGCACGUUACGGUCGUGGGUGAACCCGGGCUGCGGCGACCUGUGCCACCAGCGAAAUGUGACGAUGCUCUACCUGAUGGCCAACGGCCCGCACAACGACACGUUACAUUACCUGUGGGAUUUCAUCGACAAACCGUCCGUAUUGAUGGCACAUUCGCCUACAUCCACCUCGCUCUACAUCAACUGGGACGAUUACCUCGCGGGGAGACCGGGCUCGGUCUUUUUCAUGGGGGAGGUCACUUAUACCUUCGGGGUGAUAAUAAAUAAGAUUAUCGAAUUCAACGACGUUAAUGACACGGCAAUGAUUGACACUGCCAACGUCAACAACAUAAACGCAUUGCGUCUCGAGUAUUUCGACUGGCGGCGCGUGUCCCUGUCGCAAAACAGCGAACUCGUCUACCUGGAUAUGGAGGGUAACUCUUAUCACGAUACAGCUAAGAACAUCAGCAGAUACGGGAGUAUAAAGCUUUCGCUGCAGGGCUUUUGUACCGCUGACCACUCGGACACGGUGCCGCACAUGCUGCACACGGAGAACUCCACGCAACUGGACAUCAUCCUCGACCACCUCGAGACGACGAAAGCGUUCUCCGCCAGCAGGUUCGCCGUGGAGCUGCUCGUGGUCGGCGGCGGCGACCCGAAAAUACCGAUGUUUGUUGACCCGAAGAAGAGCGUGGACGACGAGCACACACCGGGUAUAUUCGAGGUGGUCGAAGUUAGGACACCGCCUUACAGAGAAUCGGACGGCGGACUGAAAUCCGGGGCGUACCUGCAGUGGCGGCCGAUAUCGUACAACAGCGCGUCGCGCGACAUCACCAGCUCCACGGAGACGAUGCAGUAUCCGGCGAAGAUGUUGAAUUACACGGGCGAGCUGAAGAACACGAUGCUCUAUCGUUACUACGGCGCGGCGGUGGAUGACCACCUUCUGCUGCAGAGAUUAAUGGUCUCUCUGGGCUCGAAAGGCGACGGCUUCUACAAGAGGACGAAUUACUUGACGUGGACCUUCUUAGUCGGAUACGGCACCCCACCCGAGGAGAGGUUUUCCUCUCUAGUCAUAGUAAUCAUCUCGAUUGGUCUCUGCCUGCCCUUGCUCGCCAUGAUCAUCAUCGGAUUAUACCUUUGCGUUCGGCACAGAAUGCCGAAGCAGCAGCGCAACGUCUAUUUGAGUUGAUGAGAGGACACGGCAGUACGACGGUUCUUCUCGCGGGACUCAUCCCGCGUGCGCGUUUAGCUGCACUGACGCUAUGCCACCUCUAUUGUUCUACAUAAAGAGAUAUUCCUAUAUUUAUAUAUACAUAUAUAUAUAGAUAUAUAUGACACGUAUAUAUAUUUUUACACGAACUGUUAGCUGUUGGAUCUGAUAUUUAGUGUGAUAAGGGUGAGUGAUAUUAUUCUUCUCUCACAACGUAUUUAGCGCCAAGGGAGGCUUUCUAAUCGUUGCCCCUCGAGAUCCUCCGUUUUGAUAUACUUUGAGGCAACGCGUCUGGCGCAUUCAAUGUGAACGGAAUGCCGUGGAAUUGAUCGUAUCUGUUCCUAAAUACGCUGUGGCGAGAACAGCGUGUUAACAUUUUCUAGGCAAUUUGUAAUUUUGCGCGUGCACAUUUUAUGAAAUACAAUACAAUAAGCUGUACUACA